UUUAGGCUGCGCCGACCCCUCGGCCCCCCUCCAGGUGACCCUAGCCCUUGGAAACCCUCACCCAAGGAGACGUUCGGAACCCAGGACAUGUCGGGAUUGAGGAGAUACGAGGUGGCGCUGGAGGCGGAGGAGGAGAUCUACUGGGGCUGUUUCUACUUUUUCCCCUGGCUGCGAAUGUGGCGCAGGGAGCGGAGCUCUGCGCACCCCCGAGAGCAGAAGCUGGAGCCUCUGCGGGGCCUGAUGAGCUGUCUGUCGAGCGGCCUGGGCCCUGCUCCCCAUCGCUCAGGUCGUGGCCUCCUCUGCCGCACCCCUGCCACUGCUGCCCAGACAGCCGGUGCAUUAAAAAUUUAAAGCGAAGCCCACCAUACUGCCUUCCUGACUCUGCCGCCGCUGCCACCAUUCGAUGCCAUCAUUCGGACUGGGAGCCCCUCUCCACACCUAUUUACCUACCGACAGGAUCUUCCUCCCUGGUGGGGUGCUUUUCCAUAUCAACCCCGCCCCCAUGCCUAAGGGGCCCCUAUCAAGUCAAGCUUCCUGUUACUAUCAAAAGUGACUGCUUUCCUGUGCCCCCACCAACAAAACAGAAAAAAAAAAAAAAAAAAAAAAAACCUCCACUGUCAGUAGUCUUAUAUGGAGAGAAGUAAAUAAUCCUGGCCUGAUCUCCCUGUCCACCUUAUCCCCGUGUUGAUAUGUUCCCACAGCCCCAUCUCUUGGUCACCACCUUCCCCCUAGCCAGAAUUUUGCUGGGUAUCUGAAGAAUCUUCCCUUCCUGGGAAUGAAUCUAAAACACUUUAAGCCAGGGUUGUAGGAAGUAGGCUGACAGAGGAGGGGUAGAUUCCUAACAAGCUGUCUCUUCACAAAAGCUGCCUCUUCAUGUAACCUGCCUCAGGAGACUGAUGUGGGUUGGAGGCCUUUCCUACAGUUAGUACCCCAACCUGGCUUCUCCAGGCUAAUCCCCAUUUUAGAUAUUCUUAGCAUUAACCCACUUAGCUGUUAUUGAUACUUCCCUAGUAAAGUCCAAGGGCCACUGCUCCCUGCCAUCCCAUUUUAUUGUGUUGCUCAAAUCAACCUGGGCUCCACUAACUCCCAACGUGGUGAGACUACUCCCAAAGCAGAGGACUUCUUUGUUAGCCUGCUUUUAUUUAGGGACUAACCUCAACAUUAGAAAGGACACCAGGGUACUAAGUUACAAAGAUAGCCCAGUUUCUAGCUGGGACCAAUGACUUUCAGCCUGGGCUGCCCCUUCGGACAGCAGACUUGGCCUGAUCUUUGGAAAAGCCAAAGGGGAGAGACGGGUGUACACCUAGAAUUUGUUUUCUGCCUUCCAAAGUUCUCUGGAAUUGACAAGUCCAGGAAAGAUCACAAAGUGUAUGACAGGCAACCAACUGAUGAAGAAGGUUUAUGACAAGAUGACGGGGAUCUUGGGGAAGUUCCUCGGAAGUUCUUCAGUGGCUACACCCAAGCUUUGGGGCACAAGUCCAGACUGGGAGUGAGAGGGAUCCUAAGGUCUCUGGUACCAAAGAUUCAAGAUGAGUCACCUCUAGGUUAUCUCUUUGAAGAAAGCAACAAAGCUCUUAAGCUAUUUCUUAACAAUGUCUACAUCAGAGAUCCCUUCAAAUGUGGAAUGCUGUGUCAAGUCCUGGGCCUACACCUCACCAAGGUACUGUCAGAAGACCUGAAGAGCCCUGAGACAAACUCCAGGGAGGGGCCUUCACACCUCAGCCUGGACAGAAGGAGAGGUCAGGUUUUCAGCCUGAAGGGGAACUAGUCCCUACUCUGGGAGCUGACAUCUUUCCUGUUGAAGCAGUCCUAUAACAGAAACAGUGCUCRGAGAAGGUGUGA